UCGAGCAAAGAUCAACGACGAACCAUUACUCGCACGCAUCGCAGGUCAAAAAUCGUAAGUUUUCAUCGCCGUCGUCGGUUUCAUCGCGUUUCUCCGCCUUCCUGGGAGUUAUAAAAUAAUUUUGAUAGUUUAGUGUUAUUAUGGUUUAAUUCAGUGUGCUGAUUGGUCCGGGCAAGAUGUUUUAAUUGACGUGGGUGGCUGGAAGUGCGAUUCGCGAAUUAAGUAAUGCUCGCUCCCGGUGCGCGCACAGUUACGAGUGCCCAUUUAAGUAAUUAGCCAAUUAAUAUGCACGUCAGGAGCACGCUGGUGGAAAUAGUUACCGUGCCAUAAUAGAAUAACGACAUACGUCUGCCAGAAGCGCAACAUAUUUGGAACGCAGUUACGGAGAGCAAAUAGCAAUAUAGUAAUAUGUAGCAAUGCAGUUGGACGCACUGGAUCUAAGUUUUUGACGGCGAAAAAAAGUGCAUUCAAAGUGUAUUCUGGGGAGUAGGAACGCAUUCCCGACUCGAUCAACAAUUGAAUUGUCGAGCAGUAGGAUCAGGAGUGAUCAGCGCGCAUUGCUGGUUUAAUAAGGAUCUUGAAAGGACGCAUCUAUUCAUGCAUGCCGCAAAAUGGGACCCCAAUCAAUGUUGUCGCCGGUGACCCUACUAUUGGUUUUGCUCGGAAUCACAAUCCACGCGAAAGAAUAUACCCCGUCCACCAAUCUCAUAACCCCUGCGGACUCUCCCCGGCUGGAGUCCAUCAAUGGAACCCGUAAUUUCCGCAUGCACGGUAAGAAAGGUAAAGAUGACAAAACCUGGUUCGAUGGGCGCGAAAUGCGCUACAUCUACUGCGUAAGGCCGGCCAAGUGCGAACCGAUCCGUCACAAGUCCUGUCUUGGUUCUCCGCUGCCGUACUCCUCCAUAAGUCUCGAUCUCACAGACUCCUUCAGCCAGGAGCAAACCCAUGACAAACUGUACCAGUACAAUGCGUUGCGCCACGUGCCCAAGUGUUGGGCUGUUAUACAGCCAUUUUUGUGCGCAGUGUUUACACCGAAAUGUGAGAAAAUCAACGGCCGUGACAUGGUCUACUUGCCGUCCCUGGAGAUGUGCAAGAUCACACUCGAACCGUGCCGGAUUCUGUACAAUACCAGCUACUUCCCGGAGUUCCUUAAGUGCAACGAAACGUUGUACCCCUCGAAGUGCAACAACGAUGUGCGGGAGGAGAUGAAGUUCAACGCAACCGGGCAGUGUUUGAAGCCGUUGGUCGCGGCGGAAUCUCCUGCGAAUUAUUAUAAAGACAUCGAGGGAUGCGGUCUGCAGUGUAAGGAUCCUCUCUACAACGAUCAUGAGCAUCGACAGAUUCACAAGUUGAUCGCGUGGGGUGCUGGCGUGUGUUUGACGUUCAACUUGUUCACGAUCGCUACGUUCGCGAUCGAUUGGCACAAUGCGAACAAGUACCCGGCGCUGGUGAUUUUCUAUAUAAAUUUUUGCUUCUUGGUGUCCUGCUUAGGUUGGCUUGCUCAAUUCACGCCCGGUGGACGGGAGGACAUCGUUUGUCGGAAGGAUGGAACACUUCGCAUUUCCGAGCCUAGUGCGGGCGAGAACCUGUCAUGUAUUGUGGUGUUCAUUUUGGUUUAUUACUUCCUGAUUGCGGCAAUGGUUUGGUUUGUUAUUUUUACUUACGUAUGGCACAUGAGUUUCAAAGCGAUUGGCAAGAUCCAGGACCGGAUUGAUAAGAAGGGAUCGUACUUUCACUUGAUAGCGUGGUCGCUGCCCCUGGUGCUGACAAUUACAAUCAUGGCCUUGAGCGAGAUCGAUGGCAACAGCACAGUAGGGAUAUGUUUCGUGGGUUACUUGAACCAUCCGAUCAGGGCAGGUUUCCUUUUGGGUCCUGUGGUAUGUGUUCUGUUCAUCGGUGGUUAUUUCUUGGGACGGGGUCUGUUAACGUUGAUCAAGCUGAAGAUAUCCAGUAAAGAGAUCAUAUCGGCUCGUGCGAGUAAGAAAAUCAGGCAAACCAUCGUCCGUAUGGGAAUCUGCACGAUGUUUACAUUUGUUUUCAUAAUCGCUACUGUCUUUUGCCACAUUCACGAGUUCAAAAAUAGCGAAAGCUGGACACUAGCGUUAAAGAACUACAUCAUUUGUCAGAUAUCGUCUACCUAUACGGAUGUAACGAGUGCCUGCAAAAUCCACAGCCGUCCAAGUGUGGCAGUACUUCAGAUUCAUUUGAUUUGCCUGUUUGCGUCCGGAAUAGUGAUGUCUUCGUGGGUCUGGACUAAUUCUACUCUGGAAACUUGGGGUCGUUAUUUUCGGAGGCGCUUCCGACCAGAUGUCGAGGAACCCGUGAAGCUACAGAAGCAUAAAGUUAUAGCUCAGGCAUUUGCGAAGCGGAAGGAAUUUCAGAACCAAGGACGACUUUCGAUCUCCUUUCACAACUCCCAUACCGAUCCCGUUGGUUUGAAGUUUGACAUCAAUUCGGCCAUGGGGAGCCAUGACUUUAGUUCAACGUGGGCGAAUAAUCUGCCAAGGUUCGUCAACAGAAGAUAUGCCUUGACGGGUGCUGCUACGAGCUCUAGCCAUGAUCCAAGGAAAAAUUCCGUAGACUCGGAGAUAAGUUUCAGUGUGCGGCACGUUUCGGUGGAAUCCAGAAGAAACUCUAUAGACUCCCAGGUUUCGGUGAAAAUAGCUGAAAUGAAGACAAAGGUCGCUAGUAGAAGCCGAAGUGGAGUUAGCAGCAGCAAGCAUCAUCACAAGAACCGUCAUCAAAGAAGACGAGACUUUGCCGCUUCUGGUAGAAGGUAUAGUCGUAAAGAAAGCAGCACUUCGGUAGAAUCUCAAAUCAUAACGGCAAUCCAAAAGGGAAGGCAUACGUCUAGUGGAAAUAGUCAAUUUUUCGGGGCAAACAACUUGCAGCGAAGAACAGGCAUAGGAGGGAUGGACGCUGAUCAACUCAACGAUAUUAUUUCCAAUGGUAAAUUGCUGCUUCCCUUCCUGCAUCAGCCCGGCUUGACGACAUCAGAAGAUGAGAACGUUUCCAACGCAUCAUUCAAAGUUCAGGAUUCAAAGUUCGAUGUCAUUCUGAAGCACAGAGCUGCGGGACCUAGUCGUAUUGAUUCGCAAAACACAGGGUGCCAAAUCGAGGAAUACCAUUCCAGUGAUGAUGACGAAAAAAUGAGCUUACAACAAACCAGCAGGGACGACUUCAAUCCUAUGAAAGAUGGUAUGAAAAGCAGUAAAGAAGGAGGGCGAGGCAGCAAAAACAGCUCAAAGAGUGUUCGAAGCAAAAAAUCAUCAUCACGACAGGGAACUAUCAGGAAAUCGCAAAAGCAUUCCCGAACAAGUCAGAAAAGUCAACGUAGCGAGAAGAAGAAAAAAGCACGGGAGCGUGAACGGGAGAAGGAGCGCGAAAAAGAACGUGAGAAGGAACUGCAACUCAUCGAGUGCAACAAUAUUACCGAUUUUAAUGACUCCUCGUUCACUUCGUACUGUUCAGAACUUUCUCCUCUCAACGUGAACAGUUCCUAUUCUGGCAUUUCGUUGGCAAAAACGAAUUCGCGAAACUCCAAGCGUAGCUGCGAUGUUGGAAUACAAGCGAAUGCUUAUGAGAUCGCCACCCGAACGAUGUCCUCGUUUGAGUUCAACGAGAAAGCUCUGAAAAAUGAAGAAAACGAAGACAUCUACACGGAAAAUCACCAACUCCUCGGGCCCAAAAUGGUCACACAAGUCGUUCAAACCCCGCGUAAACGUGACAUCGUAGACGUAAGCUUAACCGAAGCGGAGAAGCUCAAACAGCUCCUCCUUCCAUCCAAGUGAUCAAAACACGUGCGACUAAAAUACUCAUACAUUAUUCGAAUAUUUUCCUAUACUUAUGUGUCAUUUUAAAUACUAUGUAUACAAACUAAAGAGUAGAUCUACAUGCGAAGUGCAUUUAGCGUUAUUUAACCUUGUAGUGAAACGCAAAAGUGCGUUUUUAUCUAGUUUAACUGUAACUUCAAGAAUCUCUGCGAGAUUCUGAAAACCAACAUUUUUGGUCAUAAUACAACGAAUAGUGCUCUUUUUGUAUGAUCAGGACAAAAGCACCGACUGCACUUUAACAAUACAACGAAUCAAAGAGAAGCAUUUACUCUGAAUUGGUGAAUUUCAUCAUCAUAAUCUCCUGAAAAGUAGAAUAUAAGGUAACACAAAAAUAGAGACAAUCCUCUAACAAUAAAGGCGUAAGACUGAUUUUAAACGCAAACGAUGAACAAACAGCGUACCAAGAUACACCUGAGAAAAAAUACACAAAUAAUCAACCUCCGAAUUACGAAAUCAAAAAUAAAGGUUCAAGUGUUUUGUAACUGAAAAAUGCUAUACUAUUUUUAUAUGUAGAAUGUUUUAUAUUGAAUGAACCUUUUUACUUGGGACAUCACUUUUAUAUUUGGAACGCAUUUAUUGAAGAAAUUUAUCAUUCAUGGAUACUAACGAUUGACAAUUGUUCGUGUGAAGAGUUCUAACCAGCUGUAAAGAAAAAUAUACGUCGGUUAUUAUCUGUA